GGUUGAACGGAAGUACUAACUCGCCCAAACCCUAAACCCCAAUCGGCCAAAACCCCGAAGUCUGAAAAGAGGCGAGUCUUUGCCCCUGUUCCCCACAUCCACGGCGGAGAGCCGGAGUAACAGAUGGAUAGCGCUACACAGCGAGAGGGUUGAUUGCUGUAGCACGCCGACACCAGCACCAACGCCGGAUUAGGGCGGAGAGGAGAAUCCAAAGGAACCGAAACGAGAGAGGAGGGGGCCAGUAAGGGAGGAGGAAGAGAGGAAUAGGUCUUGGGAGGGCAAGAUGAGCACCGUGGACAAGAUGCUGAUCAAGGGGAUCCGGAGCUUCGGCCCGGAGAACAAGAACGUCAUCACCUUCUUCAAGCCCCUCACCCUCAUCGUCGGCCCCAACGGCGCCGGCAAAACCACGAUCAUCGAAUGCCUGAAGCUGUCCUGCACCGGCGAGUUGCCCCCUAACUCCCGCUCCGGCCACACCUUCGUCCACGACCCCAAGGUAGCAGGUGAGACCGAGACGAAAGGGCAGAUUAAGCUGCGGUUUAAGACAGCAGCAGGAAAGGAUGUGGUGUGCAUCCGCUCUUUCCAGCUUACCCAAAAGGCAUCAAAGAUGGAGUUUAAGGCAAUCGAGAGCGUCCUCCAGACUAUAAAUCCACACACGGGCGAGAAGGUCUGUCUCAGCUACAGAUGCGCUGAUAUGGAUAGGGAGAUUCCAGCCCUAAUGGGUGUUUCAAAGGCUAUACUGGAGAAUGUUAUAUUUGUGCACCAAGAUGAGUCCAAUUGGCCAUUACAGGACCCAUCAACACUUAAGAAGAAGUUCGACGACAUCUUUUCUGCUACCCGGUACACCAAAGCUCUCGAAGUCAUAAAGAGACUUCACAAGGACCAAGCACAAGAAAUCAAGACUUUUAGGUUAAAGCUGGAGAACCUUCAGACCCUUAAAGACCAAGCAUACAGGCUUCGUGACAGUAUUGCACAAGAUCAAGAGAAGUCAGAUGCCUUAAAAACUCAAAUGGAGGAUUCGAAAACAAACAUCCAAGCUGUCGAAAACAAGAUCCUUCGUACAGAAACAAGUAUUGAUGAACUGAGGAGACUUCAGGAGCAAAUUAGCACCAAAACAUCUGCUAGAAGUACAUAUGUUACACUUCGGGAGAAACAGUAUGCUGCUCUUUCUGAGGAAAAUGAAGAUACUGAUGAGGAACUGGAGGAGUGGCGAACUAAAUUUGAAGAAAGAAUUGCAUUACAGGGGACAAAAAUCAGUAAACUAGAACGAGAUAUGAAUGAUGAAAAGGCAAAAAGCUCCUUGCUGUCCAAGACCAUCAAUGAUUCGACACUUCACAUAGGAAAGCUCCAGGCAGAAGCUGAUGCUCACAUUUCCAUGAAGCAUGAAAGGGACAGUGCCAUCCGAAAGAUAUUCACCAAACAUAAUCUUGGGCCAAUUCCUGAUCCUCCUUUUACUAAUGAUGUUGCCAUGAACCUUACAAACAGAACUAGAGCAAGACUAUCAAAUCUCGAGGAUGAUUUGCAGGACAAGAAGAAAUCUAACGAGACACAGCUUGAAUUUCUUUGGGGGCGUUAUCUGAAAGUAAAUGCUCGUUACUCUGAAGUUGAUGGCCAGAUACAAUCCAAGAAAGAAUCUAAGUUAGGUAUUUUAAGGCGCAUGAAAGAUAAAGAGAAUGAACGUGAUGCUGCAGAGAAGGAGCUUUCAAAGCUUAAUCUGGCCCGCAUUGAUGAAAGGGAGCGAUAUCUGCAAAUUGAAGUUGAGAGGAAGACAGUUGCCCUGGCAGAAAGGGACUAUGAUAAAAUUAUAUCUCAGAAGCGCACAGAGAUAUACACCAUGGAUCAUAAGAUAAAAGCACUUCACCGGGAGAAAGAUAACAUAGCUAGUGAUGCUGAUGACAGAGUAAAACUAGAACUAAAGAAGUAUGAGUUGGAAAAGUGCAAGAGUAAACUUCAUAAAAUAUAUGAUGAGCAUAAUGACAAAAUUAGAAAUGUUCUGAAGGGGAGGCGUCCCCCUGAGAAGGAUGUCAAGAAGGAAAUUACUCAAGCUUUUGGGUGCAUAGACGCAGAAUACAAUGGUUUGAAUUCAAAAUCUCAGGAAGCGGAACAACAGUUGAAAUUGGUACAGAUGAAAAUUGAGGGUGCCAGAAGCCACUUGUCGAAGCUUCAAAAAGAUUUGGAUGCAAAAAGAAGGCAUCUGAACUCGAAACUUCAAUCCAUUACUAAGGUUUCUGUUGACAUCAACACAUUCCCCAAGGUUCUGGAAGGCGCCAUGGAAGCUAGAGAUAAACUGAAUAGUGAGAAAAUUGUCGCAAAUGGACUGCAAAAAAUGUAUGACCCAUUUGAAAAAAUGGCCCGUGAGCAGCACAAGUGCCCUUGCUGUGAUCGUGGUUUCACACCUGACGAAGAGGACCUGUUUGUAAAGAAGCAAAGGACAUUUGGUUCAAGUAAUGCAGACCUCAUGAAAGCGCUGGAAAUGGAAUUAUCAAAUGCUGAAGACUUUUUCCAGCAAUUGGAUAAUCUCCGUGUGAUUUAUGAUCAAUAUGUGAAGCUGGGGAAAGAGACUAUAACUUCAGCAGAGAAGGACUUGAAACAACUUUUGGCGGAUGAAAGUGAGAAGGCGCAAACAUUUGAAGAUCUUGUGAGUGUUCUUGCCCAAGUUAAAAUGGACAGGGAUGGAGUGGAAAUCCUGCUACAUCCAAGUGAUGCUAUCGACAGGCAUGUGCAAGAAAUACAGGAGUUAGAACCAGAAGUUGAAGAUCUCGAAUAUAAGCUUGAUUCUCGUGGUCAAGGCGUUAAAUCUAAGGAGGACAUUCAGUUGGAGCUGAACUCUGCGAUGAGAACGAGGGAUACAUUGCUUAGUGAAAUGGAUGAUCUCAGGGAUCAGCACAAAAUGCUUAGUGAGGAUUUUACAAAUGCUCAGAUGCGAUGGCAUGCUGUCAGGGAAGAAAAACUAAGUGCUUCAAGCAUAUUGCAUACGUUCAAAAAGGCUGAAGAAGAUUUGGUACUAUUUGCUGAGGAAAAGGAGCAACUGACUCUAGAUCAGAAGCAUUUAGAAGAGGCUCUUGUUCCAUUGAGAAAAGAGAGUGAAAGCUUGUUGCAAGAGCAUAAAGCUUUGAAGGAAAGGCUUGAUCAGGAGUAUGAUCAUCUGGCAGAAAGGAGAAGGGGAUUCCAGCAAGAAAUCGAUGCACUAGGAACCCUUAACACACGCAUCAAAGAGUAUGUGGAUUCAAAGAAAGCAGAGAGGCUUCAUGAAUUGCAGGAAAGACAUACCCUAUCGCUGUCUCAGUUACAGGAAUGUGAAGCAAAAAAGCAAGAAAUAUCGGAUGAGCUAGACAGGAGCAAAGAAAAAUUGCGGAGCCAGGAUCAGUUUAAAAGAAACAUUGAUGACAACCUGAACUACAGGAAAACAAAAGCUGAAGUGGAUCGACUGACUCAUGAUAUAGAGUUACUUGAAGAUAAUGUGCUUUCCUUUGGCAGCAUGUCUACUAUAGAAGCUGAUCUUAAACGUAAUGCUCAGGAAAAAGAGAGGCUUCUCUCAGAGUAUAAUAGGUGUCAAGGAACACUUUCUGUUUAUCAAAGUAAUAUUUCAAAGCACAAAGUUGAGCUUAAACAGACACAAUACAAGGAUAUCGAGAAGCGAUAUUUUAAUCAACUUCUCCAACUUAAGACAACUGAGAUGGCAAAUAAGGACUUGGACCGUUACUAUGCUGCUUUGGACAAGGCUCUUAUGCGGUUCCAUACCAUGAAAAUGGAGGAGAUCAAUAAAAUAAUAAAGGAAUUGUGGCAGCAGACAUACAGAGGCCAAGAUAUUGAUUGCAUAAGCAUCAAUUCUGAUUCUGAGGGUGCUGGCACUCGAUCAUAUAGCUAUCGUGUUGUUAUGCAAAAUGGUGGUGCUGAGCUGGAAAUGCGAGGCCGAUGCAGUGCUGGUCAGAAGGUGCUUGCUUCUCUUAUAAUCAGACUGGCUCUGGCAGAGACAUUUUGUCUAAAUUGCGGCAUAUUAGCUCUGGAUGAGCCAACCACUAAUCUAGAUGGACCGAAUGCAGAGAGCCUAGCUGCUGCCCUGUUGAGAAUAAUGGAGAGCAGGAAAGGCCAAGAGAAUUUCCAGCUGAUUAUAAUCACCCAUGAUGAGAGAUUCGCUCAGCUUAUUGGUCAGAGGCAGCUUGCCGAGAAGUACUAUCGAGUCUCCAAGGAUGAACAACAACACAGCAAAAUCGAAGCCCAAGAGAUAUUUGACUGACAGGUGGUUUCUUGAACAUAUAUAUGCUCUCAGUGCCCUACACAUCUCACCAGCCAAGUGGGUGCAGGUCAUUUAUGGGAACAAUGGGUGGUUAGAAAGAAACAGGUAUCAGCUAACUAGUCUGAUGUCUGCCAAGUAGAUAACUUAAUUUUAUGGUUCAGUUUGUGCCGACCAAGCCGCUGCUUAUUGUCUAUAAUCUUGAGAAGGCACCGUGCUGUUACUAUGACCAAAAGUACGGCUCUGUAUAUCUUUCAUGAAUUUUUUUGACCCUUUUGAUAAACCUUGCGAGUAUUGUAGUUGUGUUCAAGUUGUCCAAAUCUCUAUACAGGUGGCUUCCAAAAUUGUCUUGUACACUGGGCAGCUUAUCUCGGUAUCCUGUCUCCCCAAGGUUGGACGAAACUGUAUCAACUUGUCAAAUCCUGCAGACCGCAGCAAAGUUCAACGAAGACAAAAAUCCAGAGUACUCGUCUCAACUUUGACUAAAUUUGAAUGCAUCUAUACAUUAAGUUAUGUCUAGAUACAUCCAAAUUUUGAUAAACUUGAGACAUCUUUUGUUGCACAGAGUAUUAAAUUUGUUUUACGGGAGCCAAAUUUGUAGCCUGGACUAUUAUUACUCUCUUCUGCCCAUAUUACUUGUCUCAAAUUUGACCAAAUAUGGAUGUAUUAUGUUUAAAAUGUGUCUAGAUACAUGUAAUAUUUUGACUAGUAAUUCCGGCUGGAGGGAGUAGUACUUUUCUCAGUAGUAUAAAGUCAGUACAAAGUUGUACCAAGUCUAAUACACUAUUAUGUAUCGGAGGAAUUAGUAUUUUUUUCGUA